AAUUUUUAAUUCAUAAACGCUUCAGAGAUCGUAGUUUGACUAGGGUGAUCUUUCGUCUAAAAUCUUUAGGGAUUGAAGGUAAAUAUUCUGUUUUACGAACCUCAUGUUUUGCACUUGCCUGAAGCCAAGGUAACUGUUCCCGCCAAUUUUUUGUACUACUCGUUACACGUGUGAGGUAUUGGUACUGCAUUUUCUUUGACCGUGUCUUUUUGCUUGUCAACAAAGCUUCAAGAUCGAAGCCUGAAGAACUACCACUUUUAUGGAGAUAAGUAUCGUAGAUAAUCAGAAUUGAAUGCAUAACAGUUUUUUUCUCUUCUCUUUAAAGACGUAAAAGCGAGCCCUGAAGGAAAAUCAAUAUCUUGACGAAGGUGGGUACCUUGUGUUAAAUUCUCUGUGAUAUUACGGUGACUUCACUCAUAAACAAAAAAAUAUCGCCCACCCGUCUGUCAUCGCUCACGGGUGUAGUGGGCGAUACCACGAUCUGAAGAAAACGCGCUAUGGAGGUCAAACAGUACUUCUUUAGCCUUGCUUCAACCGUUAAAUUUUAAAGAUUAAGUUAUAUUAGUUUUAUUUUUUUGAUAAACCCGGGGUGAAGUCACCGUUUCCGUGAUGGGUCAAUUUUCCUGUCAGAUCUUUUAAUUAACGCCCCUUUUUUAUACAAAUGUGCUGGAGGAAAUUUUUCUAGAAGGGAUAAGAAAAACGUGUUAUCACAUUUAUAACUUUUAUUUGAGGAGGCCGUCUGAAGUUACUACACGGAAGAUCUGUUCCUCAAUUUCUAUUCAUUGUAACAAAUUUCGCAGUUUCGUGGGUCAUUGAAAAAAUGGUAUUGUGGGGAGAAUCCGGUAAUUCCCGGGGAGAAUUCAAAUGGAACGAUUCAUACUGGUGGAAUUAAUGUUUGGGAAAAAAAGGUAAUACUCCGGCUUUCCGAGGUAUUACCUUUUUCUCGCUUUUGACCGAAACGACCGAAAUUUUCUGUACCAUUUAUUUGGAUUGUCAGGGAAAGGCUUCCUUUCUAGAGAAAUCGGAAAAUUUACCGGUAUUUUGUAAAUGGUCACAACACGAUCCCAUUCCUGAUUUCGGUGCGAAAAAAAUACUAGUACCAUUUGACGGAAGAUUUUUAAUCGAAAUUUCCGCACAAACGGUAAGCGCUCUUUUUCUCAUAGAAUAUGGUAGUUAUAGGCAUCUAGCUUUAUUAAUGGAGCGUUCAUUAGGCUGAUUAGCAAAGACGACAGUUCAAAGAUAGCCGACAAAGUUGCCCACAGAUCUAAAAAAAAUAGCUUGACCUACAGAUGACAGAGCAAAUUGAGCACCGAAAGUUGCGUUCUGUCCUUCACGCGCCCUUUAACUUUCUCAUUGGACCUUGCGUUGUAUUUGACAGCACAUAGAGAACGUUUAUUUCACUAACUAAAAAAUACGAAGUAAACGGUAAGUGGCUGAUAUUAAUCUGGUAAAGAAUACAAAAAUUGACAUUUUUAAUGUUUUAGUCUCAGCACUUAGAAAUUUCCAUCCUUUCGAUUGGUCCAGUCUGGUGUUCCCACCGGGAGUUUUUUUUUUUUUUGCGUUUCGUAGCCAAAAUGUUUUCUAUAGAUGAUACAAACGUUUCUAUAGUCUAGCGAUCCUCAACGUGACUUGUAUUCAAAUCUUCCAUGGCCAUUUAUGCUAACAUCUUUCUCUAAAUUCACAUAGCGGACCGCUGAUCAAGAUGACACGAGUUACACUGUUCAUGUGCCUUACGAUACUUGCCCUGACACACGGUAGGCAGACGUUCAUUUUUCUGUUAAACGUUAUCCAGUUAUCAACCAAUUCCUUUCUCUCUUUGGAGAGUCACAAUAUAACCAGGUGCUUUUGAAUUCAAUAUUUCAGCGGCACCAAACCCCAGCAAACGCGGACCUGAACAACAAGACCAACAGGAGACUGAGCCCGAGCAACCUGAACAGCCUGUAGCAAACUUCCUAGGAGGACCAGAAGGGCCACAAAUGGAUCAAAAGUUCGCUCCACAGGGACCAGAAGGGCCGCAAAUGGAUCAACAGUUUGCUCCACAGGGAGACCAACAACCAUUUGCCGCGCCAAUGGACCAACAAAUGGUUCCACCUAUGGACCAACAGCAAAUGGACUGCUGUCAACCAGCACCAACAUGUUUUAACCCUUGCCCUCCAGCCGCAGCUCCUAUUUCCUUCAGUGCUCCUCCCCCUCCUCCUCCACCACCACCACCACCCCCUCCGGCAGCACCAUGUUGCCCGCCUGGUCCUACCUGUACAAACCCUUGUGCCAUGCCCCCACCCAUGCCCGAUAUGGGAAUGGGAAUGGGAAUGGCUGGCUGCUGUGAUCCAUCUGUAAUGCCAACGUGCCAAAACCCCUGUCAGCCACAACCCCCACAUCCUCCCAGAGCGGCAUACGCACCCUAUCCUGGUAAGUACGAGAUUCUUUUAUUCGCCACUUGAGCAUUUCCCAUAAUAUACCUUCUUUUCCCCCGCCUCCAGGAAUUUUACAUAAGCAUUGUCUUUAGUUUCUCUUGGGACGUCUGUGAUACAAGCUGCAAAAAGCUUUAUGAGGAAUGCGCAAAUGGCGAAUUUUGUAGGCUCUAUUUUUUGUUAUUUUCUACGUCUGAUAACAUUUUGCAUUGUAUGACCCUGGCCUACAUUUUCGUUAGUGCAUACCAUUAUAUUGAAAGCGUUCUAUGUUUUACAGCAAUGGAAACUUAUGUUUUUCCUUUGAAAACAUGUAAAAUAAACUGUUAAGAUUAUUAUUAGCCGCAAUGGAAUUAAAUUGACAGCGAUUAGACCUAUUCAUUAUGUUUACAUUGACUUCAAUACAAAAUAGAACAUUACUUUUUCAAAAUUUUUAGGGGAAAACAAGGUGAAUUAUUGGUAAUGUAAAAAUGGUGAAUAAAACCCAAAACACUAUUUACUAACCGUAAUUGACUUCAUCCCACUGAGACCCUCCCUUACAGACUGAGCAAUUAGAUGGUUGACUAGCUAAACAAACCGACUGGAUAGUCCAACCAGCAUAGGUAGAAGGCUGGCUACCAGUAAAGGAAUUGAUUAAGAAAGAUAUUGGAAGUUUAGUUUGAAUAUAUUCUAUACCCGUCCAACAGGUGAAAUUACAAUGAAACUCAAGCAGUCAUGGAAAUCUGAGCUCGCAGACCAUGCAUCACCUGCCUACCAGAUCCUUGCCGGUAACCUUGCUACUGCGGUAAGUAAAGCCCCCUUUUUCGCACCUUUUCCCUUACCACGCCUCAUCCACCUUCUCUUAGAGCACAGUCCAUCAUAGGCCAUACAAUGGACCACAAUCUUCCAGGUUAACUAUGAAGUAAGCAUCAUUAUGUAAACGUUCGUAGUAUGGUGGCUUUAGGGUUAACACAGGUUCACAGUCCUAAAACGUAACAAUAUGUAAUUCGUAUCAUGGUGGCUGGUUGACACGGGUUCACAGUCCUAAAACGUGACAAUAUGUCAUUAAAAACCACGCCUUCGCUUUUGGCAGCCUCCGAGCAAGCUCCUUAUUUCAAGUGUCGAGCAGAGCAAUCAACGAGAAGAUGAAGAGAUUGCUCGCAGGCUACAGUUUUUAUGAAAACCGAGUCCCAGGGAGUAGAAUAGGUGCAGAUUUAAAUUGCGCUGAUAAGUUUCUCAAUGGCAAUUUCCAAUUUCAAAACUUAGAACAGAGAAAAUGCUUGUAUUUGCUUCCCAGACGUUUUCAGUCUUCACCUCGAAGAGUAGUUAACCACGGUCUUGAUCACAACUGUCACAACUGACAACAAGCAGCCGUCCUUUUUUACUACCACUUCCUUUAAAGCUCCUUGCGAACUCCCCGAUCUGCACUAGCGACCUCCAGCUGCCAGUCUUCAGCUUCGUUCCUUAUGGUUGGUUCUGGCAAUAACGAAAGCGUUGCUUGCGAGAAACUUAAAACAGAGUACACAGGAGAGGGGAAAGAAUUUUUCCACGUCAAAAUAUAGGGAAAUUGUGGCAUACUUAUGCCCCUCUAUCUUUGAUGUUCUUCAAUUAACACGCAUAUAUAACUUUCAUUUCUGCUUAGGUGAAAACAGCUUUACGAAGAGAUGCCUAUAUCAGCAAUAUUUAUUUCAGGUAAAAUGGAGCUUCUUGAAUUUGGGCUCUUUGUUCCUUCUUCUCCGGCUUUUUCAAAUCUGCCCGGCUUUAAUUUAUUCCACAAUAACCACGUCUCCUUCUUUUACCUUAUAAGGGAAGGAUAUGUACCAGGAAACCCCUCAACUCAACCAAUCACAGUGGCUCAUUUUAUGGUUGAUGGCGGAUCAGAUGAUGCAUCGCUUCUACAACAACAAGUUACACCCGACGAGUCUCUAGGAGAUGGACUUAAAGUUUACAGGGAUUCAUUCAACGCUUAUUAGAAAUAAAGUGUACUCUUAUUACAAGGUAUGGUGUCGUUUGCAUUUGCCACUUCAAUAAACGAGGAGACUGGGCCGAGUUAACUUUCGCAAAGACUUCUGGGACUGUUACUAGGGAGAGGGACAAAAUUGGCCAAUAGCUGACCGGCGCGUCCCCAGUAACUAUCCCAGAAACACUUGGGAGACACAUUUCGGCACCAGUUUCCUUCUCCUUCGUAAUUCUCCGAAUGGAUGACGAAUAACGGUUGAAUUGUUGAAUUUUAAAGUAGUGAGUAGAGGGUAAGUUUUUCACAGUAAGUCAUUUUACCAAGUCAGGCCGUAUUUGUAGUCGCCAAUCUUGAAACUUAGGGAGCAUGGGCACAAGAUUUUGGUGCAACGAUUUAUGGGAUUGCUUGCGUAACAGGCGCUCGAUAUGAUUGGUUGGUUGAUGGAACCCUAAAGCAACCAUCAACCAGUCAUUCUUUACUUUCCCAAACGCUCCCAGAAUCCUUGACAAAUGUUGCUCGGUUACCCUAAAAUUUUUAAUUAAGGAACUGCAACUUGCUUGGAGACGAGUUUCUGUCUGAAAUUUCUUGUUUUCUACAUUUGACAGAAAAUGACUUGCAGGACAAAUGGCAGACGAACAUCAGACCAGUGAUGAAAGCGCCGAGAUGGACAUUUUAAUGCCUUGUAAAUAGAGUCCAAAUCGACAGACACCGUUUCUACAGGUGUUAAAAAUUUUGUUUGGUAUCGAAAACAGAUGCAGUUGUAACAUAAUGUUCUUGGCGUUGAAUUGGCACGCCAAGGGAGAUAUUUUAGCGCUCCCAACUUGACGACACAUUGAAAUUCGCUUUAGGAGACACGCCAUAAUCGUAGCUUUUUAAAUUCUUGACAUGUAUUUCGUUACAGGGGGAUCUUUAAUAUGUUGUACAAAAGCUACUUCGUUGACUCUUAUAGUAUCCUAGAUUAUCUACGUCCUAG